GAACUUCCGGGAUUGCGCAUGCGCUGAGCCUGGGGUCUGGCGGCUGCCUGGGCGCUAGACCCGCUAGCUCAUCCCGCGAGCCUUCUUGAUCUUGGCGGAGAUGCCCAGCCGGGGGGCGCGCCCGGAGGAAGGCGCUCGCCUGGUCCCUGCUGACAACUCUCCCCUGCUCAGGGAGGAUCUUAGCAGCAAGAAAUAUCAUCAACCUCAGAUGCGCAGUGGUUCACCAUCUCAGAAGAUACCGCCACUCUCCAUCCAGGGGCCCAUGACCCCUACUUUGGGAGUCAUUGUUUACGUCCAUCACGAAGACCUGUCAGUGCUGCUUUUGAAGCUCAAAUAUGUCCAUUUAUCACCGUGUACGCUCUUACUGUCUGUCCUAAGCCAGCCACUUCUUUUACUAUCAGGAACCCUGACAUUGUUAGGGGGAAAAGGAUGUCCUAAAGCUAAUUUCAUAGAGGCUUUGUGGACUCCACCCCCACCCCAGGCCAAAGCCAAAGACACUGGGAACUCCAAAUCCCAUCACCACCAAAGGGAAGGUGGCUGGGACCUGAAGGUGGGGUUAAGCAGCCAGGUUGGUAUAAAGCCAGACACGUGGGCUUGGGUGGUGGUCCCCCCAUUUUGGCGCUCCGCCAGCUAGCAGUGUCUGGCCAGCUCUGAGAGUGACUUUGGGUUUCCAUGUCGGCGGAUCAGGUAGGACGCAUUAAAGACUAUUUCCCUGUUUUCUCCCUGAGUUGUACAUUUUCCUUAUUUCCUUUUCCCUUGUAAAUAAACCUUUUAUUAACCUUUUGUGUGUGCCUGUAGUGAAGUAUUAAUAAGUCCCUUUUAAGCGCGCGGGUGAGGACCCAUAGCCAGGAACCCGUUCAAUAUCGGGGCUGCCCUAUAGCAACAUGACAUCUUUACUAGUUUCACGUCAGCCAUCCGUACCAUCCUCCAAAUUAUUCUCCACUCUAGCCAGAGAAGUGAUGCUAAAACACAUAUCUAAUUGUUAAAUAUGCUAAAACACAUACCUAGCCAGAGAAGUGAUGCUAAAACACGUAUCUAAUUGUCACUCCCCACCCACCCAUCGCACCCACCAGGAGGAAGGGAAGCCAAAUAUAAUAUAAAUCUUAAAUGUGUAAAUAGAUAAAGCCUUUAAGCAUGUGGAAAUGAGGAUGAUUCUUUUCGGAUAUUAGAUGUCCCAGUUCUACCAUAAUUCUAUCCCAAACGAACAAUGAUAUUUUGGGCAAAUCUAAUCCCCUCUGUGUCAAGGUAACCUUGUUUGAAUGAGAAUUAUAAAAUGAAUGAGACAGCACUGCUCAAACUAGUCUCAAAGAAUUUGUGAAAAUACCAUAUUGGGUUUUAAUUCAAUUUAGUCACCACAUUGACUCAGCUGGAGAGACAAGAACGGUACACACCUGGGUUGGGUGAGUUUUCAAACAACACACUGCCGACUUUGAUUACUAGGUAGUAAACAAUUUACACAGCUGUAAGACAGAUCCCUAAAUUUGGGAGGCUGGACAAAGAUUAUAAAAUCUGCUUUAGAGAUGCUAUUGAUACUAUGUAAUUAUUUGUGCUCCCAGAAAUACCCUUACAGAGAAGAGUUAAAAAUAAACUUUCCACUUAAUUGAGCCCUCUCCUACUAAUAAAGGGUGAUGUUCAACAGUGCCUGCCCCACACUGGUGUUUGAGAUACAAAGGGGACUAAAGCAAGGUGAGAAGUGAGGGAUGACUACCCCAGAAACAGGAAUUAGUACCAUUUACUUGUUGUGAAUGCCUGGCUGUGCCAUUCAUAUCAUGAAAAGAACUGGUAUUUGGGAGGGGUGGGAAAAGUAGCCCUCACAUCAUUCCAUGUACUGUUUUUUUAAAAGCUAGAAUAUAAUUUUAAAGAAAUCGGAAGACUAAUAAUGCUUUUGGUGAAUGUUGUCUGGUUUGGGUUUGUUUGUUUUUUUAAGGUAUAAAACUUAUUUAGUAGCUAUUGCCUUUGCAUGAAUGCUUACCAACACCAAACCCCCUGAGUGGAUUCAAUGGACUGUCUAAUACUUGACAAAUUUAAUCACUGUUUCCUCUUCCACCUUCCUCUCACCUCCAACCCCAUACAAAGAAUGUAUAUAUUCACGGAUUGCUCAUUUGGGCAGUAUGUGGUAACCCCUUAAUCCUAUUUCUAUAAUUAUAAAGUUCCUCAUGGAGCAUAUUUUGAAAACCUCUAAGACAUUUUUCUUUAUUU